GUGAGAGAAAUGAGAGCGUCUUUGGUCACAACAAGUGAAUUUUCUGCUGCGGAAAGUCAGUGGAUUCGGAGAGAAGCACCGUCCUCUCUUCUUUCUCUCACCAUUUCCAAUUGGAGUUUUGUUGUUGGAAGUGCGCGGUAUAAAUAUGCCCGCGGCCAUUGGAAUUACUCCAGUCAAGCUCACGGCUUCGUUGUGGUAUCAAGUGUUGUUGCAUAUAAUAUUAACCUUUAGUUUUUUGUUGUUUUUUAUACUAAUCCAGAUAAAAAUAGAGAAGUCAUCCAAUUUCCUAACUCGCAAAAUUUUUUGAGAGGAGAUUGAAGUAAUUCGGUUGAUUGAAGGAAAAGCAAGUCAGGAAACUUUUUUUCAGUUUUUCUGUUUUUUUUUUUGGUUGAUAAGUGUGGAGAAAUUUUGAGUAUUGCGGAAAUAUUCUUUUCCGGGCUAAAAUUCCAUGUGGCUCUGCAAUAAUUGAGGAAUUGGUGUGUGAUAAGAAAAGUUUGAAAAAAAAGCAAAAAAAUUUCCGUGGUUUAAAAAAAAAAAACGUCAAGUAUAAUCUGCAAUAAUGGCAACGUACGCAACAUUUAAACACGUUGAACUGUACAAUGUUGGAAAUACGAAAAAGAGGGUUCUGAAGCCCCCAGGUGGUGGAACCAGUGACAUUUUUGGCGGAGAAUCAUCCAUGGAAACACCGAGAUCCAAUAAAAAUCGUAUGGCAUCAAAUAUCUUCGGUGACACAGCUGGUCCUGUCUCCAAGAACGGCGACCGACCACGUGCUGUAAUUGACUCCCACAAUCGCCUAUUUGGCGAGCCUGAACGCAUUCAAACACCAUUGAAGAACAGGAUGAAGAGUAACAUCCCAAUUGGCGAUACUGUGGACAAGGGUCUCAAUGGACACACAAAUGGACACUCUGGCGCUUCAUCGCCCAAGAUCAAUGGAAUCAAUGGUGGUUGCAAAAAUAUGGAGAAUGGUGUGGAACAUACUAACGGGACAAGAGAGCCUGAUGACAGUCCCUUCUUGGGGUCAUCUCGUUCCACAGCAUCUAACGCUUCCAGUCCAAUGUCGUCCAUGUCGACAAGAUCAGGAAAUUCUUCCGCAUCCACCAAGCAAUUGUUUGGGAAUGAUUGCUGUGUGAUGAAUGGUGGCUUCAAUCGACCCAAAUACACACCAAGAAAUCCCGUGACCGGUUUGGGGCUCAAUGAGCCGAUGAAUCGUGUGAGGAAGUUGGGAAGCAAUCGAAGAGAAGGAAAUCCAGUGACUGGAGAAGGUUACAAACCGGCCGGAACGGAAAUAAAUACAUCGAUUCCCUGUUUGAAUGGCGCCAAUCAAGUUAUCAACAAGAAUAGAGUCCCUCCAGGAGGAUUUUCUUCUGGACUGUGGUAAAGACAUUGCGCAAGAUGGGUUGGGUGUUAGAGUUCCAAAUACAUGGGCUCAUAUGACAGAAGAAGAUGUGUUUAAAAAAAAGGAUGUUUUUUGUCGUAAAACACUUUCCAAUUGUUCGACCAUUUCUCUUUGAAGAUAACACACAAAUUACACAAAAAAAAUGGAGAAAAAGAAAAUCCUACUGAAAAUAUUUGGAUUUAUUAUAAUUCUCUAAAACAAGAGAUCUAAAUUCUUACUGUAUUUAUUGAACAAAAAAAAAACAGAAAAAUUAAAUUCUUGAUUUUUUGUCAUAUUAUUUGGCAUUUUAAUUUAUUAAGAAAAACUAUAAGCUUUUAUAAAGAAAAAUCACAAGACACAAAAAUUUAACGACUGCAAAUAUCUUAUUUUAAAAAUAUAAGCUUAAUUUUACAAAUAUUCUAACAUUUGCAGUAAGAUUUUUUCACGUGUUUUCUUUUCUAUGUUUUUUAUUAGAUCUACAAUAAUAAUCUAUUUAUUGCUUUUCUACCCACCAAAAAAAAAGGUGAGAAAGGAAUAUUGAGGAAAAUUAAAAAAAAAACUUACUCUUAAGCAAAUAAUAUGCU